GUUCAGUGUUAAAUAAAUAUGUGCAGGAGGUUAGUCCACUUCUGAUGUGUCAUUAAAAUACACAUUUAUUUUUAAAUGAACACGGGAAGAUACAAGAUGAAAUCAGAUAUCAAUGAGCAUUCACCUGUUGACAACAACUUGGUGGUGGUUGAUAAAGACGAGUACUACAAUAAAAAUACCGUCGAAAUACCGCUGGAUGAUUUGGAUGAACGUGGAAAUCCUGACCAAACUGAACAACAUCCCGACGCUCCUGCUUCUAGACAAACAUGGGACCGACCCGUAGAAUUUUUGCUUUCAUGCAUAGCAAUGUCUGUAGGAUUAGGGAACAUAUGGCGUUUUCCAUACAUAGCAUUCAUCAACGGGGGUGGCGCCUUUCUGAUCCCAUACCUCAUUGUGCUUUUUGUGUUUGGAAAACCUCUGUAUUUCCUGGAGUUGUCAAUUGGCCAAUUUUGCUCAAAGGGGUCGUGUAAAGUUUGGCAAAUGUCUCCAUUCUUUAAAGGCAUUGGAUACGGCGCGGCGUUCGGGAGUAGCUGCGUUCUCAGUUUCUACGUUGCCCUCAUGGCCCUUACCGUCUUCUAUUUCUGCCAAUCCUUCCAAUCAGUCCUGCCCUGGAGUGUUUGCAACCAGGACUGGCACGUGGACGAUUUAAUUUGCGUCAACAAUUCGGCCUUGGUGAAUGGGACCUCGCUGCCGAUUCCUGAACUUUAUUUCAAAAAUGAAGUCUAUCAUGAAAAAGAAAGCAUUGAUGACGGAAUCGGAAAUAUUGAUUGGCGACUAGCAAUUUGCCUGCUCGCAAGUUGGAUUUUUAUUUUUAUUUCUUUAAUCAAAGGCGUUGAAAGUGCAGGGAAGGUAGCAUAUUUCACAGCUUUAUUCCCUUACAUAGUUUUGUUCAUAUUUCUCAUUCGAGGCAUCACGCUUCCUGGAGCAUGGGAUGGCAUUAGUUACUUUAUAAGCCCGCAGUGGGGGAAAUUGCUUGAACUAAAGGUCUGGAUUGAGGCAGUGAAGCAGUGCUUCUUUUCAAUGUCCAUCGCCUUUGGCCCAGUCAUCACAUUUGCUUCAUACAAUAAAUUUUCGCAUAAUAUAUACAAGGAUGCCAUGAUUGUGAGCUUUAUGGACACGUUUACAUCAUUGUUGGCCGGGUUUACUACUUUCUCCGUAUUGGGAAAUUUGGCAUACCAAUCUGGCGUUGAUGUGAAGGAUGUGGUUAAACCUGGACCUGGUCUCGCCUUUGUUUCAUUUCCUCAAGCAAUUGGCAACUUUCCUGUUCCUCAAUUUUUCAGCAUAUUAUUCUUUCUCAUGCUGUUCAGUCUAGGACUGGGGAGUGCAACGUCUCUAGCUGGGGGUCUCAUUACUGUCAUUCAUGACAAAUUUACAACAAUUGACAAGAAAUUGAUCACUAUUGGCGUUUCAAUUUUUGGAUUUUCUGCAGGGUUAAUAUAUGUCACUCCUGGGGGUUUGUGGAUGCUUUCCUUGGUGGAUUUCUUUGGUGCGGGAUCAAUCUUAUAUGUCAUUGCCAUUUUGGAAAUGACGGGGAUGAUUUUCGUGUAUGGGCUUCCGUCAAUCGUUCGAGAUAUCCAAUUCAUGCUAAACAGAAAAAUCAGCCUAUACUGGCAAAUAUGUUGGGUGUGUACUCCCGUUAUUCUACUCGUUGCGUUAAUUUACGAUUUGGCCACUGGUGAAAGUUUGAAGUACAAUAAUGAGCCUUACCCAAAGAUUGCAAUUAUUUGUGGCUGGCUGCUGGUUGUAGUGGCUUUAUCAAUGCUCCCACUGUUUGCACUGCAUGGAAUAUUUCAGCAGAAAUCCGAAGAUGGGUUUAUAAAUAAACUGAAACAAUCCUUCAAACCACUGGAUGAAUGGGGACCACUAAAUCUGGCUGAUAGACUGAGGUGGGAAGAACACAAGGAAGUACAGGCAAGACGGCCAUCCCUCGUUGGGAAAUUCUUCAUUAAACACUGAAUUAUUUGUGAAAAUAAAGUAUUGCCAUAAUUUGUAUGAAGUGUGUAGCCAAUGAUUAAAGUUUUAAAAUUGAAACAAAG